CCUAGGACUCAACAUUGUUACACUGGAUCUGUCCCACCUCAGUACUGUCUGUAAGUAUUUCACACUACCUAGGUAGUACGUGAACAUCUGAUUCCUGUGCAUUGGUGUACCAAGAAAGGGGAUUGAUGACAUCCAAUAUGGGAGAUAUAUAUCUGAGAUUUUUUAUCUCAUAUUUCCCCAGUUCAAACUGAGAGCUCAACUCCUUUGAAAAAAAAUGUGUGGUACGCACUUUGCUACGAAAUCAAUGUUCACUUUUAUGUAGAGAUACCAGAGCUCCCAGAGUGAAGCAUUCCAUUUUAGCCUAGUUUCCUCACCUCUGGUCUUCCUUGUCCCGUUUUGGUAGAGAGCAACCCCCACGGUGGAAAUAGCAACCAUGAACACUCAGCAAAUGGAACAGAUGGGGCAGUUCAAGAUCACUGUCUGGGAGGAGGAGAACUUCCAGGGCAAGCGCUGUGAGUUCAUGCUGGAGUGCCAGAACAUCAUGGAGAGGGGAUUCCACAAGAUCCGCUCCAUCAAGGUCGAGAACGGACCGUAAGUCUCUCUUUGGAUUUCUACUCUACUAGCCUACAGCCGAGGAGCUGUACUACAUUAUUAGCAGAGUAGUACUACAUUACUAUGACAGAGUAGUAGUACUACAUUAAACCCAUGGAGUUUGUUCGGUCAAUGAAUGGUUUCGAGGUUUUUCAGGUAAUUAGUUCUAGUUAUGUUUGAGUAAGAAGUGAGAAAUGUAUUCAAUAUAUAACAUUCAUUUCUAGCCCUAGUUCCUCUCAGAAGCUAAUGUAUACUUGAAUAUUAAAUUCUACAUUGCAGUUGUACUGUACUGUUGUGAACCGGCCCUCUAAGCAAAGCUGUGUCAUUUCAUUUGUUGUGAUACUACAAUAUAUGACAAUGCUACAUUUAAUUAUCAUUAUCAUGUCCCUUAACACUUGACAGUCUGACUAUAAAAGAUGGAAUCUCAUAAUGACUGUUAUUUUCGAUUCAAAGAUUUUGGCAAAUUUCUUUGCAAUAUAGUUUACGUAUGCUUUUUACAUUGUUAUGGACCAAAUGUUAUAGCUGAACACAAUAUGAGAGAUCACCGAUUGGUGUGAGUUAUUAGCCUGAAAUAUAGCUUGUUGUUUUGUUUCUGACAGUCAGUCAAAGUCAGGCCAUAGUUGUAAUCUCCAUUGAGUCCCAGCUGCCUGCCUAGUGUUCUGUUGCAGUGGCUGACUGAUGAUCUGAUAAUGGUCCAAAGGCGCAGCAUGUGGUGUUUGCUUUGGCCCUUUGUCUUCUAAUCAACAAAGCUCUCUCUGCCAUGGGGCGUUGCGCUUUUGUUAACCAACCUGAAUUUUCUCUCUUUCGUUCUCAUUCCCUCUCUUUUUUUCUCUCUCCCUGCCUGUGUUUUAGCUGGUUGGGUUAUGAGUACCCUGAGUUCCAGGGCCAGCAGUUUAUCCUUGAGAAGGGAGACUAUCCCCGUUACGAGGCUUGGAGCGGAAACAGCAGUUACAGAACCGAGCACAUGCUUUCCUUCAGACCUAUCAAGUGCGCUGUAAGUUCCUCCCACAGAAAUGUGUCAUUUCAAGAAUAAAGAAAAGCAUACAUCUGAAUCACAUUUAGGAAUGAAGCACAGGAAUACUAAUAAUGUUUUAUUGACGGUUAAUAGAUUCACACAUGAUUCUAUAGUUUAUAUCGUAUCAUCAUACACAACUCUCAAAUCCAUCUGUUUUGGAUUUUUCUAAAAAUAUGAAUGAAACUAUAUGUGAAACUAAUCAAGGCUCAUCUAUCUCUAUCAACAGAACCACAGUGACAGCAAGGUGACUCUGUACGAGUGUGAAGACUUCCAGGGACGCAAGUUCGAGAUGUGCGAUGACUACCCCUCUCUACAGGCUAUGGGCUGGUGCAGCAAGGAGGUUCCCUCAAUUAAAGUCAAUUCCGGAGCGUAAGUCUCAAAUCAAAUCAAAUUGUAUUUGUCACAUGCGUUGUAAACAACAGGUGUAGACUAACAGUGAAAGGCUUACUUACAGAUCCUUUUCCAACAAUGCAGAGUUAAAGUUAAAAUGUUAAUUAAAACUAUAAAUAGUGACACGAGGAAUAAAUACACAGUGAAUGAUGUAUAAUGAUAAGGAGCAAAAAUAACAUGUCUAUUUACAGGGAGUACCAGUAUCCCAUUAUCUCUGCAUCCUACAUGCCUUCAUAUAGGGUUUCCCAAACUCGUUCCUGGUGGUUUUGUAGAUUUCAUGACAGCAUAGGACUGCAUCAGGGCACAUAUUAUCUACAAAGCAGCCUCAUCAGUAUUUUGUUCAUCUGAAUAACAUAUGCCCUUCUCUUCACAGCUGGGUGGCCUAUCAGUUCCCUGGUUACCGUGGUUACCAGUACAUCCUGGAGAGAGACAGACACCAGGGAGAGUACAGACACUACAACGAGUACAGCACCCAGGCUCACACCAACCAGGUCCAGUCUAUCCGCAGAAUCCAGCACUAAAUCCACCUGACACUAUCCUCCAGCGGCUACCAUGUACUGACCAUGACAUGUAUUAAAAUAGGCAAUAAAGGCUUUAUUCAAACUAAGGAAACAGCGCUUGUGGCAAUUCCUUGCUUUUUUUUUUACUGCCUUUUCUUCAUCAGAACAUAGAGCUAUCUGUUCAACAGCCUGUGGUAGAUUCUUAACAACCCAUCGCCAAUGUGGCUAGUUAUAUACUCCAACACAAGUAAACCACAAAGGCAUUUUAUGAUAUGACAAAUGCAUCAACACAUAACCCAGGGUAUGUCUGUUAGGAUAGGAUGUAUAUUGUUCCUGUCAGAGUGUAUCAUAUUUCCAAUAAACAAGAGCACAAGAUCA